GCUCCCGCCGCUGCCGUCCACACCCUUUCGCCAUAUUUUCAUCUCGACUGUUGCUAGCAAUACGAAAGGGGAGAAGAAUUAAUAAUUAUAGUGUUGGUAAGGGGCAGCAUCAGGAGCGUCGCCACAGCAGCACUUGUAGGUGGGGGCUGGAAAAACCCUGUGACGUGAUUUAGGAUAAUAUAUAUAGCUGGAUAUCUAACUAGCUAAGAAGAAGGAAAGGAGAAAAUAGGAACAGAAUUGCUCCACUUUAUUCACUUUCAAUACUGACGAGGACAGCGGAGCACAACCACAUUCUGCCUCCUCACCCUGAAAGGAUACUGCAAGACGUCAUCUCUCCCUCCCUCUCUUUUCUCUCUCUCUCCCUCCCUCUCUCUCCCUCUCUUUUUUCUCUCUCUCUCCCUCCCUCCCUCCCUCUCCUCCCUCAUUCCUCUCUGUCUCGAUCCCCGGGUGAGCAGCCAUGGCAGCCAGUAAGCCCAAGGGCCAGAACUCUCUGGCCCUGCACAAGGUGAUCAUGGUGGGGAGUGGGGGAGUAGGCAAGUCUGCCCUCACCCUGCAGUUCAUGUAUGAUGAGUUUGUAGAGGAUUACGAACCUACAAAAGCAGACAGCUACAGGAAGAAGGUGGUACUGGAUGGGGUAGAAGUCCAAAUCGACAUCCUGGACACGGCCGGGCAGGAGGACUAUGCCGCCAUCCGGGACAACUACUUCCGCAGCGGAGAAGGCUUCCUCUGUGUCUUCUCCAUCACAGAGCUGGAGUCCUUCGCUGCCACCGCUGACUUCAGGGAGCAGAUACUGCGAGUGAAGGAGGACGAGAACGUGCCCUUCCUCUUAGUGGGGAACAAGUCGGACCUGGACGACCGCCGGCAGGUGGGGCUGGAGGAGGCCAAGGCCCGAGCCGAGCAGUGGGGUGUGAGCUACGUGGAAACCUCUGCCAAAACCCGCGCCAAUGUUGACAAGGUAUUCUUUGACCUAAUGAGAGAAAUACGGGCAAGAAAGAUGGAGGACAGCAAGGAGAAGAAUGGAAAAAAGAAGAGGAAAAGUCUGGCCAAAAGAAUUCGAGAGAGAUGCUGCAUUUUAUAAUAGCCAGCGACCCAUCUGCUUACAAAUCCAUACCCAAAUCCUCUCGCCUCUGUGUUCUAACCAUACUUCUGGUUUAGUGUUCAGUGUCUAGUCUCCCCUUUACCCUCAGUGAGCAGUCGUGAGAGAUGCUGAGAACUCUUUCUCUGGGGAUCAGGGUUCAGGGCUAGUUCAGGCGUAGGAAGUAUGCACUUCUUUAAAGGAGAACAGGAAGUAGUUUUUUAAACUCAAGAUUGGGAUGAGCAAGCAUACAUUUCAAAGCCAACACGAGUAGUUUACACAAGCAUUUUGACAUUUCUUCUUGGGACGGGCAUAAAAUGAGCACAGUGCUAAGCGUGAAGGAUUCCUCUCAAUAUGUUUUUCAUUCGGGGAAGCACUACCAUGUGUACCAUAAUUUAUUUCCCCCUAUUCCUCAGAUGGGUUUCUUUGAUGUGACAUUGUCUUUCAGAUUCCUCGAGAUGUGGGGGAAGGGGCGUUGUUCAAUCUCACUGCAAUACAAUUGUCAUGUGUUUUCUCGUAAUACGAGAUCACUAUUUGUUGACCAUUAAUACAUUUAAAAUUCAAAUGAUGUUGCUUGUGGUGUAUGUGAUUGGCUAGCUACUCGGAUAUGGACUUUUUUUUUUUUUUUUUUGCCAGAUAAGUCUUUUGUAGGGAAGCUGAUGUUUCUACUCAGCUGUUGGCUAGAUUUAAUUAAACAUCAUCUCCUACAGUAAGUGUCGCACAGGGAGCGAGGGAGAAGUGGGAAGACUGAACAAGCAGGCAGAAAUGAAAUGGGCAGUCUCAAUGAACAGCAAAACAAGCAGACACAGUAAAGUUAGAAUACAUUUUUAUUUUUUUUACUUGUACGGCGAAGGCAAGUAAAUCUAGUUUUCUGCAUCGGCUUGUAGUAGUGAUUUCCGCCCUGUAGUUAUACUCAGUGAUAAAGUUAGAAUUGCACCGCUUGCAAUAAAUUAACUUACUGCUCUAACCGCAGUAUGAGAAACAUCCUAAUUAGGAAGCACCUUUAUGAAUUUGAGGAAUUUCCAUGUACUACUCUGCAGGAUAGUUAACAUCAAAGUGAAGCUGAAAUAUUUAAAAAGAGUUCUCCUCAUUUGCAUGGUUGUUUAUAUUUUUUGUGCAUUGCUUGAUUUGUAAUUCUUUUAAUCGACUGACAGCCCUAAUCCUUGAUGUCGAUGGUGAAUGUCUAAACUGACAAUCCCUUUUCCCUCAACACACAAAAUAUGCAAUGCAGUGAGAUACGGGGAGAAACAUUGCUAAUGUAUAAUACAAAUAAUAUUAACAUUUCACUUUAGUAAUGAUGUACAUUUACCAAGUAACAUUGUGCACAGAAAGUGAAUUCAGCUUGAAAAAAUGUAUCUGCAUAAUUCCUCUCUUAAAAAAUAUUUUAGUCGGCCUUAAUUUUUAUUAAUGUGAAGGCACAGCACCCCUGUAAAGUACUCUUCGAAAUGAAUGUGCCAUUAAAGACUAUAUAGCACCUAGGCACUGAUAUUAACCUCCCAAAAAGUGAUUUUUAUCAGGUGAGCAUACAAAAUCACUACAAUUCAGCCAAUGUGUUUAGCUGUGGUCUGUCAUUUUAUUUCUAAACUUUUGUGUGUCUGAAAAAACAAUGGAUAUGCAAUGCAAUUCUUCUGAAUGUGCUGCACAACCAUGUGUUUUGCAGUAUACAUUUGGGGCAUGAUUUACAAAGGCAUGUGCAAAAUUCUUGCACAUCCUAAACUAAUAACACAACCAAUGAUUGGUGCAAAACAAAUACCAUGAUCAAUUUGUCAUGUUAUUGGUUUUGCGCAUUCUAAAUCGUUCUGCACAUGCAAAACGUCUUAGUAGGUAAGGCUCUUAAGUGUUUCUGACACCUGGAACAUUGGAAUGUGUGUAUGUGUGUUUGAGCGAAAGUGUGUGCUUGUGUUGGUGAGUGUUUAAUUCCAACAUGUGCCAUUAGAUCUGGCCUCACCUGGCCAUUACCUCACCUGUUCCAAUACUGCCUUCAUCCUGUGUGGAAGGCUGUUCCAAAAGCACACCCUAACACGAAACGCAUCGCAAAAGCUUUUGUGAAUUGGAAAGGACCUUGGAGUCUGUAAACAUUUAAUGUUUCCCUUGAUAUAUUUCCUUAAAAAAAUGAUGUGAUUUGUUUCUUUGAACACAAUUUUGUGUCUGUGUUCAAACGAUUGUUUUGAGCCUGUUUCUAUCUUGUUGAAAGGAUAUUUGUUGAAUGUGUAUUUUUAUACUUUAUAAAGUGAAUUCCCUUUCAAUCACUAAUGUUACUUGUCUUGUAAUGUUACCAUUCUAUGCUAUGAAACUGACGAGAGGCCUAGCCAACUACAAACGGACAAAUUUAACAGGCAACUAUUACUACAUUUUUUCAGAAGGAAAUCAAAAUUAUGCAUCACUUUUAGCUGAAUCCUUUAAAUAGCCUGUAAAUCACCUGUUGCACCUUAAAAAUACCAAUGGUCAUGGUUUAGGAAGUGCAUUGUGUGAUUUUUCCAUAAGCUUAAUUCAUACUGCAUUAUUCCAUUUGGGAAAACAAUUAUCUUCUUUUGACAUAAAGCACUUUAAACAUCGGUUUCCGAAUCUCAGUAGAACAGAAGCACAUGUUGCAGCACCAUCCUCAGUCUAACACAUUAUGUUGUGCUUAACAGGAAUUCAAGUUGAUCUAAUAACACUUUCAACAUAUUCAAGCCACAUGAUAAAUGUUUUGGGAAAACUCAGAGGUGGAAAGUCCAGGUUCAGAAAGUAAAAGUCCUCCCCUGUAUUUUGGUAAUUAGCACAAUUCCUCAGCCAGGAGUUAAUGGGUAGAAAAAAAAGAUAUGGGGGGGACUUUUGCUUUCUGACCCCUGGACUUUCCACCUCUGGAAAAACCACUCCCCUCACAAGAAUAGCUAACCCUAAUAUGCACAUUUUGCAGUUGCUAUAAGAUCUAUGCUCAUUUCAGAUGAAAAGGACAAAUACAAUGCAAAAGGAUAAACAUAGGAAAACUGAUUACUGUCAGAAAAGGGCUAAUUGUUCCAUUACCCCUUAAUUUAUGUAUGUUGAUGUAUGUCUGUCACCAGAUGAGUGGUGUCUCCUCUCCACAGCUUAACUACAUCACACUUACAAUAGCUGUUGUAGGUUGGUUGUGGCAGGAUUUUCCAACAUCCAACAGUACUUGAAAAAUCUGAGAUAUUUGUGCCGAAGAAAAAAUUGUACUGUAGGUCCCAAAACACCGAACCAAAGCCCAUCCUGGUAUCAAUGCACAUAAAUCUACUUCUGAAGGUUGAAUGUGAUGAUGUAUGUAGCUGAUUUGCUGGACUGUGAAACAUGUCGUUUCCCUGCUGUAAUCCUAUACCAUACUUCCAUGGUGCUGUAUUUGCUUUAACUCGCCUAUGAACCAAGCUGUGGGUGGAAAUGGACAAUAUUGUACAAUGAGAGGAUCAACUAGGAUGCAACUUGUGAGUUCCAGAUACAAUGGUGUAACACAUAUACUUGUUUUUUUCCUCAUUGCAACUCUUGCAAUUUUUCAUUUGGUAAGAAAGUUGGAGGUGUCUUGAAACUUAAAUUUCAAAUAAAUUGAUUCUAAAUACAAGCUUUUUAAUAAUAUUUUCCACCAUUUUUUAUUUUUUUUGGUCAGAUACAUUUUGGAUGCUUUUGUGUAGUAUAUGCAUUGUGGUUCAUGGACACUGGCACACUGCCCCCCCCCCCCCCCCCCCCAAAUGCUGGUUUAUAUUUUUACUUAGCCUUACAUUUUUCUUUUUGCUUUUCUUAAGCCCAUUGCAACCACGAAUCCUCAGUGAAACCACUAAUAUUGUGACUUGCUGUUGUCAAGUGGGUACAAAGGUGCAAUGACGCUGUAAUGUCAACAUUGCCUGGUUAGAGCUGAUGUACUUUCUACCCACACCUUUUAACUGCUGUAUGUUGAGCCAUUUCAGAGAAGGAUAAAGAACACCUAAAAUUAAAAUAAAUGAAUACCAUUUUAUAAAA